AUGGCCUACGUGCAGGCCACCUCAGAGCCCAUCGCCAUCAUUGGCAGCGGCUGCAGGUACCCCGGAACCGCAAACACGCCCUCCAAGCUGUGGUCACUUCUCAAAGAGCCCUACGAUCUAUCCAAGAAGGCUCCAACCAGCCGUUACAACGUCGACGGCUUUUAUCACGAAAAUGGCGAACACCAUGGCACAACCAACGCUCCUAAUGCUUAUUGGUUCCAAGAGGACCCUCGCCUAUUCGACGCCUCCUUCUUCAGCAUCACCCCCAAGGAGUGUGAGGCUAUAGACCCUCAGGGCAAAGUCCUGCUCGAGGUGGUAUAUGAGGCCAUGGAGUCGGCGGGCCUCACUAUCCAGUCGUGCACCGGCAAAAAGGUCGGCGUCUUCGUCGGCACCAUGACUGCCGACUAUGACUCACUGUGCGCAAAAGACGAGGUAACUGCAAGCCAGUAUAGUGCCACUGGCACGUCGCGAGCCAUCAUCUCGAAUCGCGUGUCCUACUUUUUCAAUUGGAAUGGCCCCUCCAUGACGAUCGAUACGGCAUGUUCAUCCAGCCUGGUGGCCAUGCAUCAGGCCGUGCAGAGCCUUCGCAUUGGUGAGAGCACCAUCGCCUGUGUGGCCGGCGCAAACAUCAUGCUGGCGCCGGAGGCAUUUAUAAUCGAAGCCAGCUUGCAUAUGCUGUCGCCGGAGGGAAAGUCCAAGAUGUGGGACGCCUCCGCAAACGGAUAUGCCCGGGGAGAGGGCGUCGGUGUCUUUUUUCUCAAGACGCUCUCCCAAGCGUUGGCUGAUGGCGACCAAAUCGAGUGUGUAAUUCGCGAGACAGGCGUCAACUCUGAUGGACGGUCCAAGGGCAUCACCAUGCCAUCUCCGGAAGCCCAAGCAGCUCUGAUCAAAGACACAUACAACCGCUCUGGCCUCGACCCGCGCGAUCCUCUACAUAGAUGUCAGUACUUUGAGGCACACGGCACUGGCACGCAGGCUGGCGACCCUCGAGAGGCUGAGGCUAUCCAUACAGCCUUCUUCGGUUCACCUCCAGGCUCCGAGAGCGAGACUAUGCAUAUGAGUCCAUCGGCACAGGAGCAGCAGCAGCUUACCGUAGGGUCCAUCAAGACAGUGAUCGGGCACACCGAAGGUGCUGCAGGUGUAGCAGGGGUGUUGAAGGCGAUGUUGGGUCUCAAGAACCGUCUCAUCCCUCCAAAUCAACACUUGGUGACUCUAAACCCGAGCGUUGCUCCGUUUUCUGCCCGUCUCAAAGUGCCAGUGGCACUCACGCCCUGGCCUAAAGCCCCGCCAGGGCAGCCACUUCGGGCGAGUGUUAAUUCCUUCGGCUUUGGGGGAACAAACGCUCAUGCCAUUUUGGAGCGAUAUGAGCCGGGAAUCCACGGCCGAAACAUUUUCUCAGAACAGCCAAGCACACAACGCCGGUUGGAAAAUAAGCACAACUCAUCGCUCGGGUUGCCGUUUUUGAUCUGCGCAAAUACCGAACACGCAUUAGUAAAGAGGGUCGAGGAUUACCUAGAGUACAUCAGAGCCAACCCGGACAUAGAUCUAGUCGACCUGGCCUGCACACUCGCUCUUGGCCGAUCCACCUUGCCACACAAGGUAGCAUUUCCCGCGUCUUCGCGCGAGGGUCUACUUCUGGCGAUGGAAGCCAAACUCGAGACUGUCAAGUCGAAAUCCGGUGCUGAGCUGAGCGUGCGCACCAAGGACGCCCGCCGACAUAAGAUACUCGGCGUCUUUACUGGUCAGGGUGCCCAGUGGGCGACCAUGGGCAAGGAGUUGAUGGAUUCAUCGCCGGUAUUCCGAGACUCGCUUUUGAAUCUGGACCAGGUUCUCAAAAGCUGCGCUGACCCUCCUUCCUGGUCGCUUAUCGACGAGCUCGCUGCGCCAGCACAAGAAUCCCGCCUCGGUCAGGCCGCACUCUCACAACCUCUCUGUACAGCCGUUCAAGUCGGACUUGUAGACCUUUUGAACGCGUCCGGCGUCCGGCUUAGCGCAGUAGUUGGUCAUUCCUCAGGUGAGAUCGGCGCUGCAUAUGCAUCGGGCGCGGUGGACGCCCGCGAGGCCAUUCUCCUUGCCUACUACCGUGGCUUUCAUGCCAAGCUGGCGGGUGGCGCUGGGGCUGAUAGUUGUAAAGGUGGUAUGAUGGCCGCUGGUAUGGGUGUUGAGGAUGCGCUGAACCUUUGCAGUGAUGACGAUCUCGUGGGCAAGGUCUAUGUGGCAGCGAGCAACGCGCCAGCGAGCGUGACGCUCAGCGGCGACCUGGAUGCCAUUCAGAGAGCAAAGGAGCGUCUGGACGAGACCAAAAAGUUCAACAGGCUUCUGCAGGUUGAUACGGCGUAUCACUCGCAUCACAUGGAUCGGUGCGCGGCUCCGUAUCUGGAGUCUUUGGCAGCGUGUAACAUCCGAGGCAGAAUGCCGAGCAAAUCCUGCUCCUGGGUGAGUAGUGUUUAUGGACCGGCUGGUAGCCCCACCACGAAGGAGCUCGCAGGUCGGUAUUGGAGAGACAACAUGGUCCAGCCAGUCCUGUUCACAGAGGCACUGACCCGCGCACUGGCUGAGCAUGGGCCUUUCGAUGCCGCCCUCGAAAUCGGCCCACAUCCAGCCCUCAAGGGACCGGCAACGCAGACGAUGCAGGAUGUGAUAGGGAAAGUGAUUCCCUAUGUGGGAGUACUCUCUAGGGGAAAGAGUGAUCUCUCUGCCUUAUCUGAGGCGCUGGGCAUGCUGUGGUGCACUUUGGGAACGACAGCCGUUGACUUGAACGGCUAUGCAGCGGCGCUCGGCUUGCCAGUGUCCCCUGGUUCCUAUAGCAUCAUCAAGGACCUCCCACCGUACCCGUGGGACCACUCGGUCAUGCAUUACCGAGAGCCACGCGUCAUGAGGCAGUACGUCCAACGACCGUCUGCUCCGCACGAGCUGCUCGGAGUUCGUACCCUCGACGACUCCGAGUCGGGUUUCCGCUGGCGGAAUAUCCUGCAGCCCGUCAUGUUGCCUUGGCUGGUUCACCACCGCUUCCAGGGCCAGAUUAUCGUGCCUGCGGCAGCUUACUGCGUGAUGGCGCUGGAUGCUGCUCGUGCUUUGGCUGUCGAUAUGGAUGCGGACGUGUCAAUGUUCGAGGUGCGUGACCUUGUCAUCACCAGCGCCAUCACCAUGCCCGACGACUCCCAAGGCGUCGAGACAUUGUUUUCGUUGCAACGGGACACACGGCACAAACAAGCUGGCUCGGUAGUCGCCCACUUUAUCCUCGACUGGAACCCGGUGGAUGGAAGUCGCCCUGCUAAGCACGCUGUCAGCGGUACUAUUGUGAUACACCUAGGCACGCCGUCUGAGGGGGCACUUCCAAGUCGGUCUACCCAGGCAAUAAGACACCAAGACCUCUUAACCAAUGUGGACGUGGACGAGUUCUAUGACGCUGUCAAGGAAAUAGGAUUGGGAUACACUGGGCCCUUCCGGUCGGUGCAGGCGUUGCAACGGCGCAUGAAUUUCGCCACGGCCCAGCUGCAGAAGCCUCAUCCCGAAGACACAUCGGUUUUGCCAGUCCGCCCUGCCCUCCUGGACUCCUCCUUCCAGGCGGCAUUUGCCGCCUUUUCUGCCCCAGGCGAUGGUGCACUGUGGACGUCCUUCCUCCCGCAGACCAUCGACAGACUGUGCUUCAACCCAGUCCUGUGCGAUGUGGCCCCGGUCACUGAAGAUGACGACCGUGAGACCCGCAUCGUUGAUGUCGAGGCGAACAUUACACGGUUUACUCCCACCAGCCAUAAUGCCCAAGCCAGCUUUUCGGUCGAUAUCGAUAUUUCCAAUUCCCGUGGCUGUAUCGAGAUUCAAAUCGAGGGCCUCGUGGUCUCGUCCUUCGCCAAUACCACGGCAGAGCAUGACCGCGAGAUGUAUCUGCAGACCAUUUACAAGCCCGACCCUUGGGACCACUUUUCUGUGUCGUUCCUAGACGCAGGCGUAACUAUGGACGCUGAGUUAGCCGAACUUUGUAGUCGAGUCUCUCUCGCUGCUGAUGCGGACAAAGAGGAAGAGGGAGCUAUGAACCAGUUAAUUGCCUCGAACCCAUACAGACAGCAUCUAGAGCUUUUGCGAGCCCUUGGAGGAUCCUUUCCUUCUUUGGUCCCUGGCCUCAUCCAGGAAAUUCUGCAAGACAGCCUCGACAUGUCACUGUUGCACCGUCGUCUCACGCACGUCGUCGACCAGAUCAGCCACCGCUUCCCGGCCAUUGCCGUCCUCGAAAUUAAUCUAGGCGGCUCAGCAACGUCACUUACGCAGAGCAUCUGGGCCGGGCUCGCUGCCGCUGCAAGCUCGUAUACGUAUGCACACCCAGAGCACGUUUCGCCCCCAUCCCUGACCCAAGGAUUGAGCAACGGCCCACAGCCGCAUAAAUUCCGCGCUGUCCUACAUGCCAAUGACAAGUCCUUCUCCGAGCAAGACUACGCGAUGAAUACAUACGAUCUUAUCAUCGUCUCACAGGGCAUCGGUGAGGACGUGGUGCGGGACAUGCGUCAGCUUGUCAGGUCGGGAGGUUUCCUUAUCACGGUGCAGGCCCAGGGUCAGUUCCUACGCGAAAAGAUCUUGCACUCCCUAAACAACACCGCCAAGACCAACAACGUGAUGAUCCAGAAUGAGAUGCUUCCAGCGAAACUCUCUCCACAGACCUCCCGGGACUGCGGCUUUGGACCAUCGCUACACGAGUACACCACACCCCGCGCCGGAAUGUCAUUAGUCGUAAGCCAGGCCGUGAGUGAAGAGACAGACUUCCUCCGCUCACCUCUCGACAACGUUUCUCUAUCAGGCGUCCAGGGCACCGUUCUCAUUGUCGGCGGUAAACGGCCGGAGACUGAAUGCAUCCGGGAUAGAUUGCAAGGGCUCCUUGCGACGUCCGAGUGCAAUGUGACAUCAGCACGCUCCCUCGAGGAAGCCAGUGCGGAAGAUCUCAGGGGCCUGAGGGCCGCCGUCAUCCUGGCGGACCUGGACGAGCCUGUCCUGCAGACUAUGACCGAUUCCAAGCUUGCGGCACUCCAGGUGCUCUUCAGUCCCGGCCGUUACGUACUGUGGCUCACCAGCGGCUCUCGCGCAGAUCAGCCCUAUCAUACUGCCUCAGUAGGCAUGUUGCGUACCGUCAAGGGUGAGACCCCAAAAAUGCAGUUGCAGUUCCUUGACGUCGACACGCUGGCUGGAAUUGAAGAUGCCGUAGCCGCAGCCUUUCUUCGCCUGGCCUUCACUUUCGAGCAGGGACCGCCGGAUACGCUGUGGACCGUUGAGUCGGAACUAUUCCUCGAACGAGGUCGCACCUUCAUCCCCCGGCUGCUUCCCAUUCAGGACUCGAACGACAGGCUGAACUCGACACGUCGCGUCAUCAAUAGAAAGGUAAAUACCGAGAAAACUGUUGUAGAUCUUAUUGUCGAGAAAGAAGCUGGCGAGCUGGUGUACAGCGCCAGAAACAGAGGACGACCCGAGGACCUAGUUGCCGUGGACCUCGGCGCCGAAGAUACAGUCGUUGUCCGGAUGCUGUAUACCAGUGCCUGGGCCGUCUCGUUUGACGAGGAGACGUUCCUGUUCGUCGGCGUUGGAAUUACACCCGCUGGGCGAAAAGUUAUCGUCACUUCGCCCAGAAGUUCCUCGUGGAUGUCGGUAUCAGCUGCCUGGCUGCACGAGAUCCAGCCAUCCCUUGCUGUCAACGAAGACCGACUCGUUCCUCUCCUAGUCAGGACCCUUCUCGCUCGACGACUUAUGAGCCUUAGCCAGCCUGGACCAACGGCUACGCAUGAGGCAGACGGAUCUUUUGCCUCUCUGUUGGAAUGUGCGCAGCGCGGCCAAGAACACGAACAUCCUAUUUACCACACCACCAUAGACCAGAAGAAGGCGGCUUCAGAUGAGCGCUUCAUCCUCAUCCAUCCUAGGUCCACACUACGGAGGUUACAAGACACCUUGCCCACCGAGGCUGGUACGCUCGUCGACUUCACCCUUGGCCCGACGUCAGCAUCGUCGCUCGCAGCUAAACUAUCCCACCGUUCACUUCUAGCUCCUAAGGGAUCACUGGUCCAACUCAUGGGUCAGGUGGACACACGAAGUGAGGCGGAACAUUGCGUCGCGGAAGCCAUCUCCGAUGCGCAAGAUCUCCUCACGAAAGCUGCGGCGCACCUGCAUGAAACGGCCCCAGCUGUCACAGUCCAUCGAGUGGUUGGACAAGGCACACAGCCAUAUUUUGGAGCGGUAGAUUGGAUCACAGAUGCGCAGAGACCCCUGGUCCAGCGGAUCCGUCAGAUCGAGGCCUCGACCAUCCUAAGCCCCUCGAAAACAUACCUCCUGGUAGGCUUGACGGGAGACCUUGGGCAGAGUCUGUCUAGAUUCAUGGUGGAAAACGGCGCGCGGUAUAUUGUUGUGGCCAGUCGUAACCCAGGCACGGCCAAGAAUUGGGCUGCUGACGUUCAAGCCAUGGGCGCAACUAUUCGCCUGGAAGCCCUGGACGUGACCGACCUCUCCGCUGUGAGACGAAUGAAGGAAAACCUCGCCAGCGUGCUCCCUCCAAUCGGUGGCGUUAUCAAUGGGGCCAUGAUUCUGGCAGACGGGUUAUUUGCUGAUAUGACGGUCGAGAACCUCCAGAAGGUCCUACAGCCAAAGGUAGCCGGGUCACACAACCUCGACGUCGCAUUCUCGGAUCCCGAGCCGGAUUUCUUCAUCAUGUUCUCGUCUCUUACCGCCAUCGGUGGCAACUCGGGCCAAUCAAACUACACUGGAGCCAAUUUGUACAUGGCAGGUCUUGCAGCUCAGCGACGAAAACGUGGCCUAGCCGCCUCUGUUCUGGAUAUCGGCAUGCUCGUCGGCAUUGGCUACAUCAACCGCGUCGAAGGCAGCGAAAUCUACAAGAAUCUCCGACGACAAGGUUACCGGCCCAUCUCCGAGCACGAUAUUCACCACAUGUUUGUUGAGGCCGUAGUGGCAGGCCGUGUCGGCUCUGGCUCUGUCUCAUCGCAGCUCUCUACUGGUCUGCAGCGCUUCAAUCCGCACGGAGACAACGAGCUGCCUUGGCACUCGGAUCCGCGCCUCUCACACCACACGAUAGACGCCAAUGGAGAACUCGCAGCUUCAAGUGGGUCCGGCGACGCGCUUCAGAGCGUGAGGGGGCUCAUCCAGGACAGCCAGACCCAGGAGCAGAUCUCAGCAGCCCUCCAAGAGGCCUUUGCUGCUCAGCUCGAGUCGAUGCUCCGCCUGCCCGGCGGUAGUAUCAACAAGGAUGCCCCCAUCAUCGACCUCGGUGUGGAUUCCCUGGUUGCAGUCGAGAUCCGAGCGUGGUUUCUCAAGGAGGUGGAAAAGGACGUGCCUGUUCUCAAGAUAUUGGGCGGUGACUCUGUAGCGACGGUCUGCGAGGAGACUGCUAAAGAGAUCAUGGAAGAGAGAACGGCGCUGGAGGAACAGGCAGAAGCCAGCGACGCAGGUAUUGGCUCUGUAGACGACACCAUCAGCUCCUCAGACAUCAACACAGGCGGAUCCAGUCUCUUCGACUCGCCCCAUGCGGUACCCACUGCGUCUGGAAACAAUCAGCCGGACGCGACUUAUGAUCAGAUCUCCCUCAUGUCCUACUCCCAAGCCAGAAUGUGGUUCCCCUUCCUCCUUCUGGAGGAUAAGACCACCUAUAAUUGCACGACGUCCUAUCGCCUUCGGGGCCCUCUAGAUGUACAACGAUACGAGGAUGCCAUCCACUCAGUUAUUCAAAAGCAUCAAGUUCUCAGAACCUGCUUCUACACUGAUCUCUCGACCGGCGAGCCCACGCAGGCUGUUUGCUUCACGUCUCCCUUCCAGUUGAAGAAGGUGGACGAAGCUGAAGAUGACGGUGACGUGGCAAUCGAGACUCAACUCAUCGCAGGCCACAUAUACGACUUGGAAAACGCCGGUACCCUCAUUGCCACCCUUCUUAGCCACGAUUCCGAGUAUCACACCAUCAUCUUUGGUUAUCACCACAUCAUUCUCGAUGGCGUGAGCUGGCAGCAGUUCCUCCAGGAAGUCGAGCACUUCUACAUCAAGCCUACCACCAAACCUGCGCUUCCGGCGGCCGACUACAUAGACUUUGCCGUUAAGCAGCGCGCCGAGCUGAACCUCCCUGCCUUGCAGAAGAAACGGGCUUUCUGGAGAGAUACAUUCUCCCAGCUUCCCUCGACAAUCCCGCUCUUCCCCUUCGCUAUGGUCAAGACGCGCAGGUCGUUGCAGCACUACGAAGCCAAGGAGUUCCAACUCGAGCUGGACCCGGCACUGGUGCAGCGCAUCAAGGCCGUGAGCACCGAGCACCAGGGCACCUCUUUCCAUUUCUAUGUCGCCGCGUUGCAGGUGAUGAUGCACCGGCUGCUGGGUAUCGACAACGUGUGCAUCGGUAUCACUGAUGCGAACCGUUCAGACCCGGCAUUCAUGAAGACCAUCGGCCUGCUUCUCGACUCGCUGCCGCUGUGGUUCCACCUCGACGAGAACGAGACUUUCCGCGACCGGUUCCAGCAUACACGCACCGCCAUCUACUCGGCGCUGGGCAACUCCGGGGUCCCGUUGGAUGUCAUCCUCGAGGAUGUUGGUGUAGAGAACUCAGUUUCUCAUAUGCCGCUGUUCCAGGUUCUAGUCAAUUACCGCAUGGGUGCCUUGGCCCAGGAGACGGUCGGGGACGAUAUUCAAUUGGAGUAUCUGGCAUAUACGGAUGCUCGCCAUCCCUUCGACUUCAUCCUCACCAUCGAUGAGAAGGGCGGUAGAGGUGGCUUAACGCUCUCCAUGCAGAAUUAUCUGUACGACCAGGCCGCAGCGGACGUCUUCAUCGCCACGUAUAUCCACUUCCUCGAAACCUUUUCGAAUUUGCCACUGGCCAACAUCACCGAGCCUGCCCGCUACUCGGAGACUCUUACCAAGCAUGCUGUCCAGCUCGGUGCCGGUUCGCACCUUUCCGUUCCCAUGGGACCUCGCACCCUCCCCGCACGGAUAGAGCAGAUGGCCAACCAUUUCAAGAACGAUAUCGCCAUCACAGAUGCCUCAGGCUCAUUUACGUACCAUGAAAUGGAGCUGCGAGUCGAUGAGAUAGCCAUCGCCCUGGAGGGAAAAGGCGUCACAGAUGGCACGCGAGUCGGUCUCUUUGGGCAAUUGUCGGCGAACACGGUCUUCUCACUGCUGGCUAUUCUCCGUGUCGGGGCAGUCUACGUGCCGCUCGACGAGCGGAACUCGGACGAAAGGUUGGCGGCCAUUGUGGCAGAGUCAGGCGCUCGUGUCAUCAUUCACGACCAGGAGACUGCAUCCCGUGUGCCUACUCUGGUAGCAGGAGCAUUAACGACGGUCGAGCUUCUGGAUUCUUCUUCUACCGUCCGGCCCCAGGAUGAAGAAGUCAAGACGACCAAGACGACAGACAAGUCCUCACCUAGCAAGCUCGCCUUUAUCAUGUUCACUAGCGGCUCCACAGGCAAGCCCAAAGGUAUCAUGCUCACUCAUAGGAACAUGCUGGCGCACGUGACCGCCGCAACCGCCACCAUGGGUCUCAGACGGGAGACGGUGCUACAGCAGAGCGCGCUUGGCUACGACGCAUCACUUGCGCAGAUCUUUUACGCCUUGGCCAACGGCGGCCGGCUCGUCAUCUCUAGCAACCGGGGAGAGAUGGGCACCAUGGCGCAUCUGAUGCGCAAGGAAGCUGUUACGUUGACCUUAAUGUCGCCAUCGGAAUACACAAUGCUCAUGCAGUACGGCUCGGACGACCUGAGCCAGUGUGAAUCUUGGAAGGUCGCCAUGUGUGGUGGUGAGGCUUUUCCACCGAGGCUCAGGAUUGGAUUCCGAGCAUUGAGUCUGGAACGCCUGGGAGUGUGGAAUGCUUAUGGUCCUACAGAGAUCUCGGUCGCGUCUAAUAUCGGACUUGUGGACUACCGUGACCCGAGCUUAGACAGCGAGCCGUCAGUGGCCAUCGGGAAAGCCCUGCCUGGAUAUAAUCUCGCCGUGCAAGGCCCAGCAGUCAGCCUUGGCUACCUGGGUCAGCCUGCCCUCACAGCACAGAAGUUCCGGCCUGCUGCUGCCAUCUCCAUGCCAUCAGUCGGAGUGCCUGUAGCCACCGACAUCUGGUACACUACUGGUGAUAUGGCACGCAUGGCAGCUGACGGGUCGCUACUCUACCUUGGACGUGUAGACCAGGACUCACAGAUCAAAUUGCGCGGCAUCCGUAUCGAGCUUGACGAGGUGGCCAACUCGAUCCUUGACACGGCCGGGGGCAUCCUCUCUCAGGCAGUUGUUGUGGUUCGCGGUGAAGACCAGGCCCAAUUCCUUGUGGCCUACGUCGUAUUCAGCACCAAAAAGGAGCCCGUUACUGUCGAGCAAUAUCUUGAACGUCUUCUGACGCAGCUUCCUCUCCCGCUGUACAUGCGCCCUGCCCAAGCCAUCGCUCUAAAGGCCCUCCCCACCAACGCGAGCGGUAAGCUCGACAGAAGAGCUCUUCAAGACCUGCCGCUGCCGACGAGGGCUUCGCAGCAGUCCGAAGACUCAGACGAGCUCACGCCAACGGAGCGCCGACUCAGGCAAAUCUGGGAGACUGUCCUGGAACGUGACGACGCCAAAAUCACCCGCUCGUCCAACUUCUUUUCGGCGGGUGGUAACUCACUCCUCCUGCUACGGCUGCAAGCGGAAAUCAGCAAAGCCUUCCACGUCCGUAUCCCUCUUCCGGAACUUUUUCGAAUGAGCACCCUCCAGAGCCUCGCAGACUUUGUGCAGCAGUCCGCUGGAGGGCAUGCUUUGAAAGCCCCAGGAGUCGCGGACGGCGCAAACAGCAGCAACAGCAACAACAACAAUUUAGAUUGGGUUGCGGAAACGGCGGUCCCUCAAUCAAUUCUCGAGCUAGGCCGCACAGUAAACACCAACCGAUCUGUCAGCCGAGCAAGACCCUCUCGUCGUGGUGGACUCGUCGUGAUCCUGACUGGCGCCACGGGUUUCUUGGGCCGCCACAUUGUGCGCGAGCUGCAGUCGCGUCCCGAGGUCAUCCAGAUUGUCUGCAUAGCAGUGCGCAACCCCUUCUCGGACGCGGCCCGCGCCAUCGAACGCGACUGCCCCAAGGCGGUGUUGUACGCUGGCGACCUCCGUUCGCCGCGCCUGGGCCUGGCCGAGGACGAGGCCCGUCUUCUCUUCGCCGAUGCCGACGCAAUCAUCCACAACGGCGCCGACGUGUCCUUCUUGAAACCGUACGCGACCCUGCGGGCGCCGAACCUGGGCAGCACGCAGGAGCUCGUCCGGCUCCGGCUGCGCAUGACGGCUCCCGGCCGCCAUGUCCCGCUGCAUUUCGUCUCGACCGCAGGCGUGGGAAUACUAUCCGGCAAGAAGCACGUGGACGCCGUGAGCCUGGCGGCGUCCUCUCCGUCUGGCACGCCGGUGGACGGCUACGUAGCAUCCAAGUGGGCGAGCGAGGUCUUCUUGGAGCGGGCGGCCGAGGGUCUCAGCAUCCCCGUGCGCAUCUAUCGGCCUUCCAGCAUUACUGGUGACGGCGCGCCAACUUUGGACAUUAUGCACAACGUGGUGACGUUCUCGAGGCGACUGCGAGCAGUGCCUGAGAUGCGCGGAUGGCGGGGUUGGUUUGACUUUGUCGCGGUGGAGAGCGUCGCCAGGGGCCUGGUCCACGGUGUGAUCGGCGAGCAUGUGUCAGAUUCAACUGCAGCCAAGGAUGUCGGCUUUGUACAUCUUAGCGGAGAGCUCGUCAUCCCCAUCGACGAGGCAAAGACGCAGAUGCAGCACGAGACGGGCUACGAAUUCCGGUCGCUUGACCUGACGGCAUGGGUGCGCGAGGCCGUUGGUGUGGGUCUGCACCCGCUGGUUGCGGCAUACCUCGAGUCGACACUUGAGGCUGAGACGGACGAGCUGUGGUUUCCCAAGUUGCACAGCGACCUCACCAGCUUGGAUGUUGAUAGGAAGGCAAAAGAUGGUGCAAGAUAG